GCCUUGCUUCCUUGGAUCACCUGAACCUCCAGUUUUCUGCAUGUGGAUUCUCACUACACAAAGAUCCUGACAAGAACUACAUCUUUAGAGUUAUGUACAAUGGCUGUUUUGUCCAACAUCAGCAUGGCAGCAAUGUCCUUGUGCUGAAUUUGGUGAAGAGAAUCAACCGGUUUGGAGAUCGAACGCACAGCUUCAUAAUGAAGUGUCCAAUGGUUCCUGCACCACCCAACAGAGAACACAUUCAGUGUGAUCCAGACGACAUCCAGGUGAUCAGACAGAUCCCAUUGGACAGCUGGAACAAUGAGCUUCAAUGGUCUCUUUCCCUGAGGGGUAAUCUAAUUGUAGCCCUUGAGGAUGCUAGCUUGAUCCAGGUGUACACUGACAUGAAUGGACCAAGCAUCAUAGUUCAAGGCAAGAGGAGAGAACUCUUGAAUCCUGUGACGGUAAUGGAAAGGACAGGGGAAUUUCUUGCCUUGAAGUUGGUCAGUGGACAGUAUGCCUACAGUAUGGAAGCUACCUGUCCAAAUGUUGUGUCAGUGUCCAGCCCAGCAGCAGAGGACACUAUACUGCACAUUUUUAAACGGCGCAUGGGUUUGACAAAAAGAGGAGGCUAUGAGAGUGACACCCUAACAGUUAGCAGUGUGUCUGUGAAGCAGACAGAGAAGUUCACUGUCCAUGAGACCCAUGACUUUGUCCAACUCAGCAUCGCUACAGCCCUUAUCCUACAGGUCAAGAACUGCCCCACUGACGAGGGGAUUGCACAGCCGUUCUAUAGGGUAGACGUUGUGCUCACGUUUAAGGAGACUAACCACAAAAUGUACUGGACUAUGGAGAACACUCUGCCAUGCACAGAGUCCCCCAGACUGCUAUCAAUCUCACCAAUAUAUUAUCAUACUUCAACAACAUCGGACCCUAUUUUGACAUACACUACAUCAACCCCUGCUUCCUAUACCACAGUGCCCUUUAGCUCGCACUCAACAAUGGACCAACAGUUUCUAUCAACAGAGAAAUCUCAGGAGGGCCCCUCCACCUUCCCAAAAACGACAUCAAUUGAGAGGACUCAGGCUGAAGAAACAGGAAGAAAUACAUCACCCACCAGUUCCUCACAUACACAGACCUCUGGUCCCAUUAUCUACUGGAGUAAUGUGACAUCAAUGACUCCAAGUACAACAAACAAAGCAACAAAGGACAAAUACCAACAGACAAGCACUAUAAGUGAAGCAACACAAGUGGAAUUUCAAGGUACGACUGCUACAAGUGCAACAGUGCAAGUGGAAUUCCAAGGUACAACCGUUACAAGUGAAACAGCACUGGUAGAAUUCCAAGGACCAACGUCUACAACUGACACAAUACAGUCGAGAUUCCAAGGAACAAGCGGUACAAGUGAAACAGUGCAAGAGGAAUUCCAAGCAACAACCAUCGCAAGUGGAACGAUGCAUGUAGAAUUCCAAGAAACAACCAUUACAAGUGAAACAGCACGGGUAGAAUUCCAAGGAACAACCAUUACAAGUGAAACAGCACAGGUAGAAUUCCAAUGAACAACCAUUACAAGUGAAACAGCACAGGUAGAAUUCUAAUGAACAACCAUUACAAGUGACACAACACAGGUGCAAUUUCAAGGUACAAACACUACAAGUGAUGCAACACAGGCGGAAUUUCAAGGUACAACCACUACAAGUGAAACAGCACAGGUGGAACAACUGUCACGGUUUCGGCCGAGACUGCUCCUCCUCCUGGUUCGGGCAGGCAAAGGCGUUCGUCGUCCCCGGAGUACUAGCUGCCAUCGUUGGAUGAUUCCAUGUGUGAUUGCUUUUGUCUGUCCUUAGCACCUGUGUCUGAUUUGUGAUGAUUACGUGUCCUAUUAGUUCCCUGUGUUUGUUUGGAUUAGUUGUGUGUUGUUAUUUCGCCUGUCAUGUGUGUUUUCGUGUAGGGUUUUGUGUUCUGUGUAUUUUACGCAUGUUUUGCGUAAUUGGGCAUUAUUCCGCCUCCUUUGUUUUAGAGGCCGUGCCUUGUUUUUGGGAUCUGUCUUUAUUAAACUUUUGGACUUAG